ACAGUACGAAAUGGAUUUGGAAAUGGACAUAGGGGGAACAACUCAGCCGUCACAUAUGGAUAGGGUUCGGUUGAAACAGAUGAUCCAGGACUGUUACUUGGGCGGAAUCCUUCCUAAAGGACUGAUUAGCGAUCAUGCGGAUCAGAUAGAACGGGGAGAUGAUUAUGUGAAAGUCAACAUUUCUCCAGAAGCCUACGAGACUCAAUUGGAGUGGCUGAAGGAACACAGUGUCGCUAUUUUUUUCGGACAGGAAUCGGAUUCGUUUGCGGUAGGCCUUAAGAAGAAAAUCAUUAGGGUCUACGAGAACACCUGGAUAGGCAGUCCGAUGCUAGGUCCAAAACCGAGACGCGGCCUGUUCAAAAACGAAGGCCGCAAUCUGAUCUCGUAUAUAACGAGCACGAAAGAAGUUGCUAACUAUUUGCUGUCGAAAAGGGAAGACGAAAUCGAGUUGGACGGUGUUAUGCACAAACUGUCGUUCAAACCAUGGAUGAUCGAAUUGUUAGAACUACAAUACUGGAGAGAAACCAAUAAAUAUCCCUUUUUCUGGAUAAGAUGCCUCCAACUUCCAAUCGCGGUUAUGCCGAUGAUAGAAGAGGCGGUGGAAAAGGCGUUCGGGAGGGUAAUCAAGACCUACCCGUUCACCAAAAGACCGAAUGAACCAGAAUUGCACAAUGUGCGUUUUGAUUUGGAGCCCAGCGCAAUGCACAGAUAUACCCCAUACUUGAUCAUCGGGAUUCCCGAUGGCAAAGACACACAGGUAACAGUGGAAGUGGCGUGCGCAACAACUGAUUGGUGCCCUAUAUGCAAGCAAUACUUUCACUCAGAGGAUGACCCAGAUUGUCCGGGAAGGAAAAGAGUUCAGAGAUCGAAUAUCGAGGAGAAGGAGAAAGAUUUCCCAGACGACUAUGAGAAGUGGCUAGAGGAAAAGGAAAAAGAGAAAGAGAGGGAGAGGGAGAUUGAAGAGGAAAGGGAAAGAGAGAGACAACAAGAGGAAGCGAAUGAAAGAGAGAGGGAGAUGGAGAAACAACGAGAAGAGGAAAAAAGACGGAAAAAGGAAAGACGGUUGGAGGAUGAGAGGGAGAGACAGAGAAUGGAGGAAAUGGAAAUGGAAAGGAAGAGGGCUCGAGAAAGAGAGAAGGAAAGAGAGAGGCAGAAGGAGGUAGAAAGAUUGGGGGAAAGAGAGAUGGAAUUGGAGAAAGAAAGGGAGAGGGAGAGAGAUAUCGAGCUGCAAAGGGAAAGAGACUAUAGGAAAGAAUGGAGCAGAGAUGAUGAACGAAGGGAUGAAAGUGAGAGAAGGUUGGGCUCCGAUGUGGAGGAAUCACCUUACUUGGAAAAGGGGGGUGGGAUUGGAAAGAGAGGUGGAAGGGAGAGGGAGAGAUCUCCUACCCCCCGGACAAUACGCGAGCACAGCUCGACCCUAUCUCAACCAUUGUCUCAUGCAGGGCAAGAUCUCAGUAUCGAGAAAAGAGGGAGGGAACUCUCACCCCACUCGGUCGGAGUCCCUUGUUACGGGAGCAUACCGGUAGAUAUGAAUGGCGACCCAUCGGAGGACGAGGAAGGGGAAGCGAGAAUGCCUCUAUCUGAGGAAGUUGGUCUCCUCACAGAUGGCUACUCGCUGGAGACUGAUUUGGAAGAGCAGAUGAUGGACCCAUUGAUGUCAGAACUGGUAGUUUCCUCACAGUCCCGACUGGUGGAGGAAAAAUUGAAUGCAGGAGAAGCGUUACCACAGGAGAACUCAUGGAUUAGAGCGCCAACAAUAGAAGAGAAAUUUUGGAGGGUUCUCGGCCCAGACUUGUAGCAAAGAACAAGGGUUCAAGAGUGGAAACCAGCAGCGUUUUCGAUAACAGAGCCGGAGCUUAGCAGACC